AUGGUCAGUCACCAUCGCCCCACGCAUCCGAGUCAGCUCACUCACCCCCAGCGAUCCACUCCCUCCCACAGUUGCCUCUAGCGCUCCUGCACGCCGCGCAGGCCAAACCGAUGGUCCGUCCGUCCCCUGCGCCAUGCACGAACCUUGCUCGACCGAUCACCCCACUUACUUGUCCUUUCCCCCGCACAGCUCGUCGAACUCAAGAACGGCGAGACCUUCAACGGCCACCUGGCAGGCUGCGAUAACUUUAUGAACCUGACCCUCAAAGAGGUCUACCAAACCUCGGCCGCAAGUCCCACGCUCCGCCGUCCUUGUCCUGCACACCUAACGACUUGGCGCGCGCGCACGUCUCACUAAUACGCUUCUCUUUUGGACACGUCCUCUUAGGACGGAGAACAGUUUUGGAAAUUACCGCAAUGCUACAUCCGAGGUAACAACGUCAGUCUCAGGUUUCAAGAACCCCCAUCUCCUCGGAAGCCCACUCGGAUUCGAAUCGCCUGACGCGUUUUGCUUUACCGAACUCCCCCUCCCCCCCCCCAACUUCGCGUUCACCUGCGCCACCACAGAUCAAAUACAUCCGAGUAGCAGAGAACGUACGUCUCGUCAAAGCCGAGUCCCGGAACGAAUACAGCAGCACACAAGUCACCUCCGGAAGCCCACGGCCCUAA